AUGGCCAAGAGAUUUGACAGAGCUUUAGGUGAGUAAUUCAUGUCUUUUGGCGGUGUUUUUGUGUAGAUUUAAUGAGUUUUUGAAGUUUUAUUGAUUAAUUUUGGCUGUAAGGUUGGACUUUAUGAGUCAUAUGGUGGUUUGUUAUCUAAAAAUGGAUUUUUUGUUAGAUUUCGGAGGAAAAUCUUUAAAUUGUUUAAUAGAACUUGAAGAUUAUAGUAUUCUUAAGAUUUUAAAACAAUUAUAUAUUGUUUUACUUUAAUUUCAGAAGCUGCAACUGAUCAGACCUUGGUGGAGCCAUAUUGGGAAGGAAUUUUAGAAUGUGUGGAUCUUAUUCGAGCUGGAGAUGUUCCGUAAGUAAAUUUAGCAUAAUCUAAUAUUUUUUGAAAUUUAGCGUAAAAGCAGCUGUAGCAUCGAUUCAAAAACGUUUCCAUCAUGAAAACCCACAUGUUGCACAUCAUGGUCUACUGGUGCUGGAGGCUUGCGUUAAAAAUUGUGGAAAGAAGGUAAGGAGUUUACUAGUUUUAAUUGUUUUGCGUUUAGAAAGACAUUGCUGAUAUGAGGAGAGAGUAAAAAGGUCUGUGUGAAGGUUGAUUUAAAAGUUUCAAGUCAAGAAGUUCGAAUUUGUGUAGUAGCGCAAUAUUUUAUUAUUUUACUUAUAACUUUGUUGAAGGGUUAGACAAAGCUUUAAAAAUUGGUGGGGUUAGAGAUUGUUUACCUUGUUAACUAACGUAGCAAACAAAUUUUUGAAAUUUACAUUUAUUUCGAUGUUAUAGUAGUUUUACAGACCUUCACUUUUUUGUUUUCGUAACUUUUUGCAGUUUAUUCUUUAAAAUCAAAUUAUUUUUAGUUUCACAAUGAAAUUUCGACAAAAGAAUUUAUGGACGACUUGAAGAACAUGGUAAUUGAAGGAGCGCCAGAUAAAGUCAAGAACAAGAUCCUCGAACUACUACAAUGUUGGUCACACGCUUUCUCCAAGUAUCCUCAAUAUAAAAUUGUUUGUGAUACUCACUCUUUCAUGAAAAUGUAUGGAUUUGAGUUUCCGACAAUGAAAGAAGCCGAUGCCAUGUUUAUGGCCGAUUCGGCUCCAGAAUGGGCCGAUGGUGAUAACUGCUUUAGAUGUCGAAGUGAAUUUGGUGUCUUCAAUCGAAAACAUCAUUGCCGGAAUUGUGGGCAGAUAUUUUGUGGAAAGUGUUCGAAUAGAGAGAUGGUGUUGCCUCAAUUUGGGAUUGAAAAGAAUGUCAGAGUGUGUGAGGCAUGUUUUACCAAAAAGCACCAGGAGAUUCAGAAGAAUGAGCUGGACAAGUUGGAAAGUGUAGGUUUUUCAUUGUAUUUUUGAUUUUUAGGUAACAAGAUGUGUCAAAGAAAAGAAAUUUCAAAUUUUGGUUUUAAAUUGUGAUAGAAUUAUCUAAAGUAUUAGUUUCGAUUUUAUAGUACCUAAAAAAGAAUAUGUUAGUCAAAAAGAUGACUAAAAUGCAUUUUACGCUUUCAAAAAUGUAGAAAAUGUUUUUUUAUAAAAUUUCAAUUUUUCACUUCGAAUUCUUUGUGAGUCGAAAACUGGUAGCUAACUAAAUUUACUGAAGAGUUGUUGUCAAUAAUGGAGACGCUUCUGCAGCGCAUGUUUGGUAACCCUAAGGGUGUAAAAGUUAGUUUUAGGCUUUUUGUGGGGUAGAUCAAUCUAUUUUUAGCUUCGUAAAGAAAGUUUUUGCUAAUUUUAGUUUUGUAAACAAAGUUCUUGCCGUUUAUUGGUUUGUAAAGAAAGUUUUUGCCAUUUAUUGGUUUGUAAAGAAACGUUUUGAUAUUUUCAAGGAAAAAGACAAAUAGAGUUUUAAAAUUGACUCGUACUAACUUGCUUUGACCUUUUAAACCUUCUACUUUCAUAUAUUUAGGCUUUGAACAGUCACGAAGCCAAAGCAAUAGCAGAAAGCGAAGCCGAAGAGAAGCGUCGUCAACAAGAGCUGAAGGAGAAAGAAGAGGAAGAGCUGCAACUAGCCCUGGCGAUAAGUCAAAGCGAAGCUGAAGCGAAGGAAAAGGACCGUCAACGAUCGUUCAGCACGGUCAAAGAUGAACCAACCCCAUCUGUCUCGAUCUACUCAGGCGUCGCUCAAGCUCUGGAACCCGAAUCCGACCCAUCUCUGGCACAAUACUUGGAUCGAGAUUAUUGGGAGCGGCGGCAGGCGAGCAGAGAAAUCGACGCUUCCGCCCCACCAGCAAGCGAAAUCUCAUUCAGCAUGGCCUCGUCGUACGGACAACACAACAAUGUGUCGCAUAAUGCCACGCCGACCAACGAUAACAUUGAUGGAAUUAGCCAGCAGCUAGCGAACAUCACUGUCAGGCCGUUGGCUGAGAAUGAGGUGGAAGAUACGGCCAAGUUCUGCGAGUUCUUGAAGGAUAGGGUAAGAUAAGGUUUUGGGUGUGGAGUGUGAAAGCUAGUUUGGGAUAGGGAAGGGAAAAAUAAGUUUUCAAGGGCGUGGUAAAAAUGUGCGGUAAUUUUUAAGUUUACACUGGAAGGAUCAUUUUAAGGCUUGUCAUAUUAGGUUUAGGCAUGACUAAUAAUUUUUAGCCUUAGAAUAAUAACUUUAAGCAUGGCAGGUCAUUUUUAAGGCUUAACUUAUAACUUUAAGCCUUAAAUUUAAAAAAAUUUAAUUUACAGAUUGAGACAAUGAACAAUCGUAUGCUUUCCAACAUGAACCGAGGACGGUCGAUUGUCUACGAUUCCGCGAUUCACGCCCUGUUCGAAGAAUUAACGAGACAACAUUGUGACGUGCUGAACAGGAUCGACAGGUUGGACACGGAUCGAGGUAAAAAUUUUAUUUUUAUCUUGUGUUAGGAAGGACUUUGGCCUAAAAUUUGGUUGAGAAGAAAGGGGUUUAUGUUUUCUGAGGAGUUUUUUGUAUUUUUCUAUACUUUUUGACUGGUGAAGGGAGAUACAGUUGGUUUUAGGUAUCUAUAGCAAGGUUAAGUUGAGGAAGAUAUAAAUUUUGGGAAAUUUUUAGAUUAAUGUAGUUUUUAGGUAAUCUUGAGAUUUUUAUAGUUUUUUAGGUAAUAUUUCUAGUUUUUUUACUUUUUUAGGUAAUGUUUUGAAGUUUUUAUAGGUUUUUUUUUAUCAUUUUUUGGUUUCCAGAGUACUUUGAAAGCCUGCAAGAUAAGCUAAGCGAAAUCCAAGUAGCCAGGCAAGCCGUGAACUCAUUGAGAGAAGAACAUUGUCGGAUGAGGGAGGAGAAGCAGGCUGAAGAACAACGGCAACGACAGCAUCAAAUGCAAAUGCAGUUGGAUCUGAUGAGGCAGAAGAAGGCUGUAAGUGGCUUUUAAUAUUGUUUUUGAUCAUUUUCUAUGAAUUAUAACAUCAAAAGUGGCAUUUUUGAAAUUUUAAAGUUUAAUUUUUUUUUAUUUUCAAAAUUAAAAAAAAAUUUUUAUUUUAAUUUUUUGAAGAAUUUUUCUGUGAUCUGAUUCUUGUCCUUUAACGUCGUUUUUCCUACAGUAAUCCGAUUUAAAUUAUCUGAUGACAUUUUCAGAGCAUGCUAAUGCAACAACGCGACGAAGCACUGUCAAGGUUCCAAACCCAACAAGCCGAGAUCCAACGACGCCGAAUGGAAGCCCAAUAUCAACAUCAACACCAAAUGCAAGGCGGAUAUCCGCCACAAUAUUACCCUCCAGGAUACCCACAACAAUACCCUCAAGAUCAACAUCAAGGAUACGCGAACUCUUCACAGACCAACGGUCAAGUCAAUGGUAUGGGUCAGCAGGUAAACGGCCAAACCCAUCAAGUCAACGGCCUUAACCCAGUGCCAUCUUCAAUGCCAUCUCAACCACCUCAAUAUGGCUAUCAACAAGGUCAAAUUGCGAGCGGAGUGAGCAGCAACCCCAACUUGAAUGGAUACCACCAACAGUCGACUCCAGUGUCAUCGGUACCAUCAGGUAUUAGUGCUGUGAAUAGUGCACCAUCCAUGACUGAUGUUCACCAACAACAGUAUGGUACGACAGUGUUUGGGCAGUCGGCUGGACAACAAGGUCAAGUUCAUCAACAGGGUCAGGGGCAAGCUCAUGGUCAGCAAGUUCAGGUUGUGGGACCACAAGGUCAAGUUCAAGGCCAACCAAGUCAUGCACAAGGUCAAGUACAACAUCCAAAUCAGCCCACCCCAGUACAACAUCAAGCUCAGUCUCAGAACCCCAAUUUGCCACCUCAAGGUCAACCUGGUCAGCUACCACAAUAUCAAAGUAUGGGAUACCCACAACAAUAUGGAUACCAAUACCCGAACUCGUCGGCUCCACAACCAUUCUAUGGCCAUCCAGACCCCAAUCAACAGUUUUAUGGUGCUCAACCACAAGGUUAUCCUGGAUACUAUCAGGGCGGUUAUCCACCACAACAACAAGGUGAGAUUUAGCUUUGAACUUGAACAUUGAGUUAGGUAUUGACUUUUUAAGGACGAUUUGAAACAUUUUAGCUUAACUAGACCUAAGGCUAUCUAAUGUAAAUACUCUUUCAGCUCCAGCUCCACAAGCCCCUCCACCUCCGGCCGACGACGCUCCACUGAUUUCCUUUGACUAA